UCUACUAUUUCUUCACAUUCUCUGUGCUGACUGAAUAUGGGCAUAGCAGCUAGUAGCCUUCUUCAUCCUACAAAUUCUAUCUCCUUAUAUGUUCCUGAUCUAAAUGUCUUUCAAUUAUGAUUCUGUUCAUACUUCAGACUAGGGAAGUUUCUAUGCAAAGCCUUGAUUAAGUUGAGAGAAGAUGCUUUUUUCAUAUUAAAGCUACUGUAACAUUUACAAAGGAACCCUAAUGUGCUGCCAAUACCAUAAAUCUAUGACUGUUGUUAGGGACCCUGAUUCUGCCAGUCUUCUACUUCCUAAACAAUUUUAGGUUUUUUGGUCUCUUUACUGCAUGUGUGGUGCAGUUUACUUGUUAUUUGUUGGCUCUCUGUGGAAUUUGAUUCCAAAAUCCCUUGGUUGACAGAUUCCUGCAAAUCUACUGAGAGAUUGUAAAACUCUGCAAAAUAUUUCCCUGCACAACAAUCCCAUUUCCAUGGAUCAGUUUCAACAGAUGGAAGGAUUCCAUGAAUUUGAAGCGAGGAGGAAAAAGAAGUUUGACAAGCAGAUUGACUCUAAUGUGAUGAUCAGUUCCAAAGGCCUUGAUGAGGGUGUUGAUCUAUGAUGAAGCUGUGUUCAAAGUUCUGAUUGAAAAAAAAAAGUGAGUCCCACAGCAAACUUGUGAUAGUUCCCUAGUCUCUUUCAAACUUUAGAAAUCUAUGAUUUCUUGUUGAGACACAUCUGGAUGAAUUGAUAAGUUCUAGAGCCCGUUUCUUACUGACACACACUUGGUACCCUCAUUACUAUUUACUUUAUUUAUUCUGUGUCCGCCAAUUUUAAAGUUGGAGAAUAAACUAUAUUACCUGGAAUACUGAGUCAGGAUUUAUCCUUAAGCUUUCCUGAUUCAACACAUGAUGCGGGUAUCUAUCAAAUAUAGCAUAUUGGAUGCAUGAAUUAAUUUGAUCUUCAUUUGUGGUAGAAGGAUACACAAGCUCACAUACACACGUUUUUGGUGGUUCGAUUAUAGCUGAUUCUACAUUGACAUGACAUGUUUUCAAUUUUCAACUCUAAUGUAGCUCCAAUGCAGUUUUUCAUGUGUUUUCUAUUCCACAUUUACUUGGUGAUCCAAUUUAACCUCUGAUUUGUUUUGAGCAGGAAGGGUGGUGUAUCCUCAUAAACAGCUGUAGAUUCCAAUUUGCUCUUCUUGCUGUUUUGGAAAGAUUGUACAAGUGCUUGAGUCUUCUGUAAACAUGAGAAAUUAUAAUAAUAAUACUUCUAAACUUCCAGUCAUAUCUCAUUGUAAAUUUAAGUUAUGGUGUUUAUUUGUGUUAGGUUUUCUUUGGCCUUUUAAUAGUACUUUUACUUGCUUGUCAUUUGGAGGCUUGAAUAUGAAAUGAAACAAUUGCACACAA